AUGGCGCAGUUAAAGAGGUUACCCCAGGAGGGUACCAGUUGCUGCACUAGCGCUGGAGAACCCCUCACUGGGCUUCCAUGCUCAGGUAACAUUUUGCCUGAGCGUGGACGCCGAGGCCGCCCCGUUUCGUACUCUGGGGGGGGCAAAACCGCGCUCAACCAUCUGUCAUCUGCCCGAGGCAAGAGCAAAGCAACUUCGGCACCCCUUGCCACGCUGGCCGUGGACUUCUGCAACAUCAGGGGUUUACAUUCCAACCUUAAUGCUGUCCACCUACACCUCGAGACAGCAAAGCCGGCCUUGCUCUUUUUGACCGAGACGCAGAUAGCGUCUCCGGCGGACACAUCUUACCUCUCCUACCCUGGGUACGGACUGGAACACUCCUUUUCGCCUAGGGCUGGGGUGUGCGUGUACGUUAGAGACGAUAUCAGUUUUCGUCGCCUCAACAAUCUUGAAGGUAGGGACCUCUCCACCUUAUGGCUGCGUAUAGACAACGAUCACCAUCCCCGUGUCUAUUCGUGCCUAUAUAGGUCCCAUAGCGGUGAUGCCGAAACUGACCGACUCAUUGAGCAGAUCCAAACGGCUGCAGACUCUGUGCAGCAGCAGAUCCCUUCCGCUGAGAUCAUUGUACUUGGUGAUUUUAAUGCCCACAACGCCGAAUGGCUCGGCUCUAGCAAGACUGAUCAUGCGGGCAGAUCUGUUUAUAACUUUGCUCUGGCAUAUGGCUUGACACAAUUGGUUACUGCGCCUACGCGAAUCCCAGAUGUGGAAGGCCAUGAACCUUCCCUGUUGGACCUUCUGCUGACCUCUCAUCCGGUUGACUACAAUGUAUUCGUUGAAGCCCCACUCGGUUCCUCGGAUCAUUGCUUGAUCCGGAGUACGGUGCCACUCGCGUACCCGCCGCGUCGGCGAGUUGCUUGUGGCCGCCGUGUGUGGCACUAUAGGUCAGCAGAUUGGGACGGGAUGCGGUCCUUUUUUGCAUCCUACCCUUGGAGGCAGGUUUGCUUCACGCCGGAUGAUCCCAACGUCGUUGCUGAUUCUGUUGCUGACGUGGUGCUGCAGGGAAUGGAGCUUUUCAUUCCGUCCUCUGUGGUCCCUGUUGGUGGCAAAUCCCAACCUUGGUUUGGUCGUUUCUGCAAAGAGGCCUCUCGCCGAAAGCAGGAAUGUUACCAGGCCUGGGUAGACGCAGCGGCAGUACGGGAUGUAAAGACUAACGCAUUAAAAAAGAAGUUUAACUUUGCCUCCAGGUCCUUCAAAAGAGUUAUUGCCAGAGCAAAGUCGCUGCACAUUGGUAGAAUUGGCGAGAAAUUAGAGCGCCUCCCGUCGGGAACUCGUGCGUUCUGGUCUCUUGCCAAAGCUAUCCAGGGGAAUUUCUGCACGCCAUCUUUUCCACCUCUGCACACGGAGAAUGAUUCAUUGGCCCACGACGCAAAAGACAAAGCCGAUCUUCUGGGCAAACUCUUUGCGUCCAACUCGACUUUGGAUGACGGGGGAAACGCGCCGCCGACCAUACCGCGGUGCGAGAGCUAUAUGCCGGAUGUCCGGUUCAAACAAAGCUCGGUGCGCAAAGCACUUCUUUCCCUCGACACUCAUAAGUCGAGUGGGCCCGAUGGAAUCCCUGCGGUUGUGCUGAAGAUGUGUGCUCCCGAGUUGGCACCGGUCUUAACGCGUCUUUUUCGGCUCUCUUACUCUUCCGGCGUAGUCCCGACCUCGUGGAAGUCAGCUUUGGUGCACCCGAUCCCUAAAAAAGGCGACCGCUCAAAUCCAUCCAACUACAGGCCAAUAGCUAUAACCUCCCUUUUCUCGAAGACAAUGGAGUCCAUUAUCAACUGCCAGCUCCUUCGGUACCUAGAGGACCACCAGUUGCUUAGUGACCGACAAUACGGUUUCCGUAGAGGCCGCUCGACUCCCCUGACUGCCGCAGCCAGUAUCGGAAUCCUCGGCGUCGACAUUUCGAGUGAAGUCCAGUUCCGCGGCCAUUUAGAGGGUAAGGCCAAAUUAGCCUCAAAAAAGCUCGGUGUGCUCAACAGAUCGAGACAGUAUUUCACGCCGGCCCACCGCCUACAGCUGUAUAAAGCGCAGGUUCGCCCACACAUGGAAUACUGUUCUCAUCUAUGGGCAGGGGCACCCCAAUACCAGCUUCUCCCUCUGGACCGCAUCCAGCGAAGAGCGACUCGAAUUGUCGACUGCCAGCGUACUUCGGAACGGCUUGACUCCUUGGCGCUGCGUAGAGAUGUGGCCUCGCUCUGCAUUUUCUAUCGCGUGUAUAACGGGGAGUGCUCCGAGGAAUUGUUCGGAUUAAUCCCUGCAGCUUCUUUUCGCCAUCGCCCUACGCGAAAACAUUACCAUCCUCACCACUUAGAUGGUUGGCAGUCCUCAACUGUGCGUUUCUCUAGAAACUUCCUGCCUCGCACAGCUAAACUGUGGAAUGAACUGUCGCCUGCGGUAUUUCCGGACCGAUAUGACCUUCAAACCUUCAAGAAAAGAGCGUAUUCCCAUCUUAAAGGCCGGCAACGCACUUACAACCCCUCUGGUGUUGCGGGUGUCCAUGGGCGGCGGUAAUCGCUUUCCAUCAGGUGAUCCGUCUGCUCGUUUGCCUCCUAUUUCAUAAAAAAAAAAAAA